AUGAACGUUCUCAAAAUCAUUUUUUUGCUUCUGUUUACCAUUGGUGCUUCUCUUGCUCGUCCUCGGGAACCCACUUGGGGUUUCGCCGAGUUUUGGGGCUCAUUCAGGUGUCACAUUGCCGAAACAUGGUGUUUAUCGUUGACAUACGUAGAAAGAGAUACUUUGGUAGAUGAUGUUGUGUAUGAGAUGCCAAACGUUUGUCGAAAUGGAUCAAGAGUUUUAGAACAUUUUCUCAGAACAAAUGUGCUUCAUACAGAAAGUUCUGUGUUAUUGGACGAUUUUUCACUAGGAAUCAACAUGAUUCACAACUGCUCCGUGUUUGGAACUACCUAUGAAGCAGACCACAACUUUGAAGUACAACAUUUUAUGGAAAAGUGCGUAGGAUACAAGUACGGUAUUGAUUUGAGAGACCUAGGUUCCGAAAGCAGCCUCGAUAUUUCUUCGAAUUUCGAACUACCUCAAAAAGAUACAAUAUGGGGUAAAAGACCACCAGUGUUUCCAUCUGACUCGUGUGUCUGGCGUGAAAAAACGACACCGUCCACGCCAACCACUCCUACAACUACUGCCCCCACUACAUCUACUGUAACUUCAUUGUUUGACUAUUUACGUAGGAACUGUCCUGAAACUGACAUAGCUAAUUAUAAGAACAGUGUUGUCAUUGCCUCCUCUUUAGAUGAUUCUGGUCUUCCUGAACCUCCCAGAUCUUUGGUUCACACCUUUCGUUAUCGUUCUAUAAAUCAUAGUGAUUCAGAUUCCACUAUGUCCUCAACCACAAACACUUCUAAGUUUUCAUUGUCACAUAAUCGCAUUCUCCACUCAACCGCGUUGGAAAUGGCAACUGAUGUGCUUCCAACGUCGGCAUUCAUCAGAACAAUGACUCACGUUGUCAAAAUGAAGAGUAGCUCAUCGCAAAUUAAAGCAAAAAAUGGACCAUAUUCAUAUACGACUACAGCCAAACCUGAUAAUCAUCUUCAUCGAGAAUUCUAUAACCCACAAUUCUUCCUAAUAGAAGGGUCUUCUAAGCGAGAAAGUCAUGUGUUCUUCAAAGAAGCUGGGAAGAAAGCACGCGAAAGGGUGGAGAAGUUGAGACGGUCCAAUAAUGCAUCUCAAUGUUGCUUCACUACCAUGCGGAACUUCGGGUUCAACAGGCCACUCCCAGUCUUAAACAAAAAUGGUGGAGCCGUAUUUCCUAAAGUACAACCACGCAUGCAAAGUACACAACAGAUGACCAAAAGGAACGGAAGGCCAGAUGUUAUCACACUCGAUUGA